AGAAUUUGGCAUCACUGCAUCAUUUUGACAGCUGUCAACGAAAACUUUUCAGGCAGAUUUGACAUUUGCACUUCUGGAAAACGGCAAAAGCAGCACAGGUUUUUCCAUUUAAGAAUUUUCAAUAGAAUUUAUCCAGUUGGUUAAAUAAAUUCAUUUAAAAGCAAAUCAUGUCUUUCGCAAAGAAUGUCCGAUUCCUGGCCACCCGAGGCUCCCGCAUGGUUCAAUCCCGUGGUUAUGCCGACGAAAUGAAACUUACUUUCGCUGCUGCCAACCAAACCUACUACGACAGUGUCGAAGUUCGUCAAAUCGAUGUUCCAUCAUUUUCGGGCAGUUUCGGUAUUCUCGCUAAGCAUGUGCCCACUUUGGCUGUCCUGAAGCCAGGUGUUGUUCAAGUCGUUGAAAACGAUGGCAAGACAGCCAAAUUCUUUGUCUCCAGCGGUUCCAUCACUGUCAAUGAAGAUUCUACAGUCCAGGUUUUGGCCGAAGAAGCACACAAACUUGAAGAUCUUGAUGCAAGCGAAUGCCGGCAAUUGUUGUCAAAGUACCAACAGGAAUUAAGUUCUGCCAGCACCGAUGUGGCUAAAGCCGAAGCUGCUAUUGCCCUUGAAUGCGCCGAAGCACUUGUUAAAGCUGUCGAAUAAAAUAAAUCUUUUAAAUAAUUCCCACUGGUCGUUCUAUUGAGAAAUAAAACAUUAAUAUUGAAUAGAAAUAAACUGUGCCUGUUACUAACCAGGUCAAACUAAAAAUUAAA